CCUGUUGCAAAAUUUUUUCUCAAAUUUAUCGAAACUCGUUCAGCCAGAAUAUGUCGACGACAUGUAUUCGCAAAUCCUAGCUAAUUUGACCGAAUUGAAUUACACCACGGAAAAGCUAAUGUUCGAAUUAAUGCAACCAUGCAGCGUUAUGUUGGAAAAUUGCAUUUGGCUGGGACAAUCUGUACCAUGCGAUACCAUUUUCCGUGUCGCCAAAUCGUCAGAGGGAUUUUGUUGUUCGUUUAACUACAAUGCAUUAAAAGACAAUUUAGAAGUGAAUAGUGAUACUAACUCAGUGUCCGAGCAGUUAAAUGAUCCAGUUCAGCGAGUAUCAGGAGCUGGUCAAUUUGUUAGUUUAGAGCUUUUGCUAAAGGUUUCAAUGGCUCAGUAUGUGGCAUACACUCGCAGCUAUUACGGAAUCAGUGUACUCAUCCAUUCAUCAGAAGAUUAUCCUCAAGCUAGUGCCACAACAACUGUGGCUCAGCCAGAUAUAACCGACUUUGUUAAAAGAACACGUCAAUGCGAUCUAAAGGAUGCUGGUUGCCUACGUGACAAUCGACAUAUUAUUUCCAGUCUACAGCCUGAAUCUGUGACCAACGAAACGCUUGGAAUGAAUUGUCCUCACUGCUUACCUAGCUGCUCCGAAGAGCGUUAUGGCGUCCAAUCGAUAAUUGCUAAAAGAUUCGACGUAGACAAUCUGACAUCCUUGCAUUAUUCUUAUAAAAAUUUGUCGAACCAGGUCACACUGAAAAUUCAUUUCAAAGAUGUAACUUGCCUCAAAUACAGACGUGAUAUCUUCAUGACAUGGGAUGGAUUUUUGGCAUCAUUCGGUGGAAUUUUUGGAUUGUGUCUUGGCGGAUCUCUGAUAAGUUUUAUUGAAAUUUUCUACUUCUUUUCGCUGAAACUGUACUCUAGCUAUUACGGAAUGGUCGACACAAUUGACGUGCCAGAGGUGGACUAUCGGAAGCAGGAAAAUGAAAUUGCCAUAUUUCAUGUAUCGCCAUUUGCCAUCGAUGAUACGCAUACAAUGAGUCCGAAAUCUAAGAAUAAGUCGACAGUUGACGUUUUCCAUUCAAAGGCUAAGCGUCAAAGUGUUAGCUAUGAUCGAUAUUUGGAUUAG